CAGGACUGUACUGUAACCAUCCUGCCCUUCAGCUGCUUUCCCUUGAGUGGGCCUGAAUGAAGACAAAUGUGAAGAUGGCAUGUCCAAGGAAUUUUAAAAGGUGUAGACCUCCUGACUGACCAGAGCCGUGUAUUUUAUUCUCUUUAAUUAGUAAACUGCUGUUCUCUCACAGGUGAAAGUCAUGAUCACGCUAACAGAACUCAAAUACUUAGCAGAUGCCCAGUCAUCCUACCACAUACUAAAACCAUGGUGGGAUGUCUUCUGGUAUUACCUCACCAUGAUAAUGCUGCUAGUUGCUGUGCUCGCUGGGGCUCUCCAGCUUACUCAAACCAGAGUUUUGUGUUGUCUUCCUUGCAAGCUAGAAUUUGACAAUCAUUGUGCCGUGCCUUGGGAUUUAGUUAAAGCCAACCUUAACAUGUCUGCUAGCUCUCCAGCACAGAUAAUCAUCCCGCUUAAAAUCCAGAACGAUCUCCACCGGCAGCAGUAUUCCUAUAUCGAUGCAGUAUGUUAUGAGAGACAGCUUCACUGGUUUGCCAAAUUUUUUCCAUACCUAGUGCUUCUGCAUACCUUCAUUUUUGCAGCUUGCAGUAAUUUCUGGCUGUACUAUCCGAGUACAAGUUCCAGACUUGAGCACUUUGUAGCCAUUCUGCAGAAGUGUUUCGAUUCUCCAUGGACAACACGUGCCCUCUCAGAAACAGUUGCUGAGCAGUCUGUGAGGAAGUUGCCAAUAGCCAAAUCAAAAGCAUCACCUGGGAGUUCAGUAGAUAUAGGGGCCAGCAGACAGUCCCUGCCAUAUUCACAGCCUGGCUUGGAAACAACUGGAAGAGAAAAUUCCUCAAGUGUUCUUGACAAAAAAGAAGGGGAACAAGCUAAAGCUAUAUUUGAAAAAGUGAAGAAAUUCAGAGUACACGUUGAAGAGAAGGAUGUCAUAUAUAGAGUGUAUAUGAAACAGAUCAUAGUGAAAGUCAUUGUAUUUGUAAUGAUAAUAACUUAUGUUCCCUACUAUUUAUCAUUUAUUACACUUGAAAUUGAUUGUGUAGUCAAUGUUCAAGCCUUUACAGGCUAUAAAAGGUACCAGUGUGUUUAUUCACUAGCAGAAAUUUUCAAAGUUUUGGCUUCAUUUUAUGUUGUUUUAGUGAUCUUCUAUGGCUUAACUUGCACUUACAGUUUGUGGUGGAUGUUAAGAAGUUCACUUAAGCAAUAUUCUUUUGAGAAAUUGAGAGAGAAAAGUAAUUACAGUGAUAUACCUGAUGUAAAGAAUGACUUUGCGUUUAUUCUCCAUUUGGCAGAUCAGUAUGAUCCUCUUUAUUCCCAACGAUUCUCAAUAUUCCUGUCUGACUUGAGUGAAAACAAACUGAAACAGAUAAAUCUUAACAAUGAAUGGUCAGUGGAAAAACUGAAAAAUAAACUAGUAAGAAAUUCCCAAGACAAGAUUGAACUUCACCUUUUCAUGUUAAAUGGUCUUCCAGACAGUGUCUUCGAACUGACAGAAAUAGAAGUCCUAAGCCUGGAACUUAUUCCUGAAGCCAAACUUCCUUCAACUGUGACCCAGCUGGUCAAUCUCAAAGAACUCAAUGUUUAUCAUUCCUCACUAACUAUGGAUUAUCCAGCAGUCAGCUUUCUAGAAGAAAAUCUGAAAACAUUGCGCCUGAAGUCCAGCGAGAUGGGAAGAAUUCCCUUUUGGGUAUUUCAUCUAAAAAACCUACAAGAAUUGUGCUUAACAGGAUAUUUUAUGCUAGAUCAUCACAACUCCAUAUACAGUGAAAGCUUUCAGGGGCUAAAAAAUUUGAGAUCAAUUCACUUGAAAAACAACCUUUCCCGUAUACCUCAAGUGGUUACAGAUCUUCUGCCCUCUUUGCAACACUUGUCUAUCAACAACGAGGGAAAUAAACUGAUUGUGCUGAACAAUCUGAAGAAGCUGGUAAACCUGAGAACCUUGGAAUUAAUCUGCUGUGAUUUAGAGCGCAUUCCCCAUUCAAUUUUUACCCUAAACAAUUUGCAUGAAAUUGACUUAAAAGAAAAUAAUCUCAGAACAGUGGAAGAAAUAAUUAGCUUUCAACAUCUUAAGAAUCUUUCUUGCUUAAAACUGUGGCACAAUAGUAUUUCAUAUAUCCCUGUGCAGAUCGGUGCAUUAUCAAACCUGGAACAGUUGUAUCUAAAUUAUAAUAAUAUUAAGAAUGUUCCAUUGCAGCUAUUUCUUUGUAGAAAAUUACACUAUUUGGAUCUUAGCUAUAAUAAGCUAACCUCCAUCCCUGAAGAAAUCGGCUAUCUGACCAAUCUGCAGUAUUUGGCUUUGACAAAAAACCACAUUGAAACGCUGCCUGAUGGAUUAUUUCAGUGCAAAAAGCUGCAAUUUCUUCUUCUGGGAAACAACAGUUUGAUGAAUUUGUCCCCUGGUGUGGGUCAGCUACUGAAUCUUGUUCAGUUAGAGCUCAUUGGAAACUAUCUUGAAUCACUUCCUGCUGAACUGGAAGAAUGUCAGUUCUUAAAGCGGAAUAGUCUCAUUGUAGAAGAAAGGCUGUUAAAAACGCUGCCACCUCGUGUAAGAGAGCGUUUGCAGACGUGCUCAGAUAAGUGCUAAGUUUAAAAACAAAACUGCAUUCUUGCAUUCUAAAAGCCUUUUGCUUAACAUCUCUCUAAAGAUCUGUAUAGGUAGAGAAGAGGAGGAGAGAUAAGUUUACAAAUCGGUCUUCAAUGCAUUGAACAGUGUUGAUUCUAUUGGAACAGAGAAAUCGAGAUUUUAACAAAAAUGCAGCCUUUAAAAGUUAGUCAUAUAUUUGAAAAACCUGAAAUACUGUUGCUGGAGUUCUACUGAUGGAAAUAAUGCAGCUAAAUGUUUCUGAUAAUACUGAAAUGGAAGUGUUGAUUUGCUAUAAUGACAGUGUAUAUACUUUUUUUCCAUGGGAAUUUUGUCUGUUGAUAAUGAUAAUUGUAAACAGUUUCUUUUCCACCUGUAUGAGGUCUAAGAACUGUCUGAAAUUGGUUUUUAACUAGGAACUCUUCACUAACUUAGAAUAUGUUAAAUUAAGAUUUUAAAGUAUUUGAGCAGUUCACUUGCAUGGAAUGUACCAACAGUAAUUUUUUAACAUACCUUAAUUUUUAAAGCUUUUGACAAGUAUUGAGCAUUAAUUCUAUAAUUGUGGAAGAUGCCAUUUGAAUCUUGCUAAUAAAACCCACAGGACAAUAACACCUGAAACCAGUUUCAACAUCUU